AAACUGUUGGCCUCACCUAUAAUCAACAGUGAUCGUGGUUUUCACAUACCCCAGAUUUCGUAGUGAUCAUUGAGUCACAACUACGCGGUGAAAAGAAGUAUCCUGUGAAGAGUAUUAAAAGAGAGAGACUGAAGAUGGAUGCAUUAUCAUACGCAGUCCCUGCACCAGAUGACAUAGUUAUCUGCCCUUACAACAAGUCACAUGCAAUAGAAGUGAAGAGGAUGCCUUAUCAUCUGAUGAAAUGCAGACGGCAACACAUUGGCCAAGACUUUGUGACGUGUCCAUUCAAUGCCAAUCAUGAAAUGCCUAAGCCAGAACUACGUUAUCACGUCAGCACCUGUGAGGAUCGAGGAAGGAUAGCCGCAGAUUUAUUGUAUGAGCAGAAAAAAAACAACAGCAAAUCACAAGUGUUAAAAGGAUGUACAGACGUCCCUAGCUAUGAGUAUGACUUUAAGAUUCCAGAACCCACAGAAGAUUGGGAAUCAGAGACUCUGGAAUAUCCUCGGGUUGGUGUACAUCCGUCUGUAUGGAAGAAUCCUAACAUCAUUAGGAAUACAGUUGGACUGACAAAAUCAGAGAAAAAAGAAUUUCAUAAAUUCCUGUUUCAAGCAAGCAAAAACGGGGGAGAGAUGCCGUUAGAGGAGGAGCCCCCUAAGCCUGAGGUAGUGGUUGCUGAGCGACUCUGUGCCCCGCCGAGCAGACCUCCCGCCCUCCGGCAGGGCCUGGCCAGGGCUGGAGUGGGCAGAGGGAUCGGUAUACCUGGAGGGGGGCUGGAUGCUCUCCGUAAACAAGUCAGACCUGGUACGAGUGGGGCUGACCUGUUGAUAGGCUUAGCCCGGGGGAAGCAAAGCGGUGGUCUCUCAGCUCCUCUGCCUCAGCACUUGGUGAGCAGCAGUACAGCAUCGUCUUCCACAGAGAGCCAGGAUGAAACAUCAGGAGCGGAGAAUGGGCACUCUGUAGCUGAUACGAAGAAGCAACAGAAGAAGUUACAGAAAAAACUACGUCAAAUCCAGGCCUUGGAGGACAAGCAAGAUAGAGGAGAGGAGCUCACCGCUGCAGAGAUUGAGAAAACAUCCAGGAGAGAAGAAAUUGAGAAAGCCUUGGAGGUUCUCAACUUGGACGAAUGACUGUGAUACAAGAUUGGGAUUGGUGCAGUAUAUUAUAGAAGUGUACAAUGUACAGGCAUGGAAGUGUACAAUGUACAGGCAUGGAAGUGUACAAUGUACAGGCAUGGAAGUAUACAGGCAAAGAAGUGUACAAUAUACAGGCAAAGAAGUGUACAAUAUACAGGCAAGAAGUGUACAAUGUACAGGCAUGGAAGCAUACAGGCAGAGAAGUGUACAGUGUACUGGCAUGGAAGUAUACAGGCAAAGAAGUGUACAGUAUACAGGCAAAGAAGUGUACAGUAUACAGGCAAAGAAGUGUACAGGCAGGUAUGGAAGUAUGGAAGUGUACAGGCAGAGAAGUGUACAAUAUACAGGCAGAGAAGUGUACAAUAUACAGGCAAGAAGUGUACAAUAUACAGGCAAAGAAGUGUACAAUAUACAGGCAAGAAGUGUGCGAUGCAAGUACAUGGAAAAUCAUGCUCCUAUACAUCCUGACAUAUUAUACCUACUUUGUAACUGUUUUUGCUUUGGAUUCACCCCAGAGAAACUGGCGUCUUGGUUAAGCUCUUAUAGGGUCAAACCUUGGAAAUUCUCUUUUAAUUGAGGCAAAAAAAAAGCAGUUUUCAGCUGCAGGUAAGGAAAUUCAUGUUGUACAAUCAGGCAACAAAAAAAAGACAAAACAAAGCAAAAGUUUUCAAGCUCAGAAAUACCUUCAUGAAUAACCCUAUUAUGGAACACUGGUGGAUUAUGGAAGCCGUGUGCCUUGGAACAAUUCUUACGUGAGCAAAGGCUUGUAGAGAUGUCAACAUUCAGGCCUUCAGAUAUGCGCUUUUUGUAAAGUAACAGUUCAUUUAACUGUUAUUUUAUCAUUUAGUAUGUGUACAUAUAUACAGGUCUCAUUCUUGCUAAAAAAUUUCAAUAUUUUUCCCUUUUUACCCAGUUACUGUUGUUAUUCACCACUGAUCGAAAAUGAUUGCACUCUAGUUUGGGACUGUUUUUUUCAUAUUAAAUUGCAAGAUUUUAUUUUCUAAAGCAGGUUUUAGUUUUUGUUUGUAUAAUAUUUAAAAAAAAAAAAACAAAAAACAAAACAAUAAGAUUGAAGAUUUUAAGUUUCCAUUCAAUCCUCUGAACAGCAGUUUUGAUGUUUUGUAUAUCUUCCAUUUAUUACUAAUGAUCUGAGUUAACAUUGUUGAAGUCUACUGCCCCCCCCCCCCCCCCCCAAGGCUUGUGUAUUGAUUUCAAACUCUUUUGGUAUCAUUGUGUCAAGAUGUGCAAACAAUGCAUAGUUUUGCAGCGAUGUCAUAGCUGAUCUGAGUCAAUCAUGAAAACGAUCUUUGGUCACGUCACUAAAUGAUUGGAGGUGAAAACAAAACGAAUUUAAUCAAGAUGAUAUAGGCAUUGAAGAUGCUUUCUGCAUAAAAUAUGAAAAAAAUAUGGCUUUUAGGAGAGUUUUUUUCUGGAAAAGUAAUAAGAAUACGAUGGAGUCUUUGUUCUGUGGUACUUUAAAUUUUAGGAAUCUUCAAAAAUAAGCGUUUCGCCCAUUUAGCUCCACGCUAUUUAUCACCCCCUGGUUCUUGCCAGGAACCCGGGUGUUAAAAACUAUGAAUACGGGUUGAAAAUAGUGUACGCGUGCUCCGUGUAACUCUUCUGUCUCUGAAGGUAUAAAAUGUUUCUAUUUUUGCUAUAUGUCGUCUGGUUGGUUGGAGGCAUCUGUAUUUUAAGGAUAAUACUUGUUCGGUGUACAAUGUGCUAAGGGGAAUUUUGUAAUAAGGGUAGUUCAGAAGGAAAUCAUGACGUCACUUGUGAGCAAAUGAGUUGGAUGCAAGAGCUAUAAUAUUUCCCAACUGUUGUAAAUGGACAUUGAUGUUAGCGACCUCAGGAAAAACCUAUAUCGCUCAGUGCUCGUAUAUGUAGCUUUAGUAAGGGAAUGGUGAUCAUGUAAGCUAGUUGUUAGAGGUAAUUGCAGUCUAUUCUUAUAUGUACAUUUUACCUUAUGGCUUUCAAAAUGAGAACCUAAACCAAUCCCCAACCGCUGAAUUGCCAGUCCGCGGCGAAACUUCGAUUUUUAUGGUCAUGUACAUUAUGUAAAAUGUGCCGAGUAUGUAUGAUGGUGUCUUAUUUUUUUCUCUCAUUGUUCAAUUGUUUUGUUUUGUUUUACCUUUCCACAUGGUAGACAUACUUUCUUUAAAAUCACAUGGCAGUCACAUUCCACGAUGUUUGCCGGUUUCUUUUAAUGCUGCAUGGGUUGUUGCUAGUAUAUAACUGUGAUAUACAAUGAUCUUCUUCAGUAGGCGAGGGCUUCCAUGGCCAAGGGGGUUAGCUCGCCAGCACGGCGCAAAGACCCAAGAGCCUCUUACCAAUGAGGUCGCUGCGAGUUCAAGUCCAGCUCAUGCUGGCUGCCUCUCCGGUCGUAUGUGGGAAUGUCUGCCUACAUCGUGUGCAACCUGCAGAUGGUAGUGAGUUUCCCCCUGGCUCUACCCGGCUUCCUCCCACCAUAAGUGAAGUAUUCUUUGAGUUUGGCGUAAUCAAAUGACUUAAUGUAUUGAGACCACAACUAGUCAUAUUCCUGAACAGUGUUACACCACUGAUUAGGAAUCACCCCUGCUUAUCGUCGUCUUAUAACGACAUCCAACCAACCUCGCGGCGUUUAAGCACAUAGCUGUGGUAUUAUCGUAAAAUAAUGAUGAUCAAAAAUGAAACGUUUCCGCCACGUGCACCACGUUUUUAAAAUAUUCGGACGGGAAACAAGAAAUCAGGUGUGUUGUCUUCCAUUCGUGGUUUGCAAUUUAACUGUGGGGAUUGCACUUUUUGCCAUGCUCUCUAUUUUGAUAUACCCUGCUCACAUAUCGUAGGUUUUACAUUUUAGACUGUGAAUAUGACACUUUGUUGAUGAAUACAUAUUUUUGAUUUUAACCUGUAACCUUG